UGGAAUAUUCUUCUGUCUGUGACUGUCAAUCAGAUAUUUCAAUUUUGACAUCUGUACAGUAAUGUAAAUAAAAAAUUGUAAAUUUUUUGUUUAAAAUGGAAUUGUAUAAUGGGUAAUGCAUUACCACGACCGCCACAGGGCCACCCGCGUUUUGGUGGACAGGAACAAAGCCCGUUUGGACAGUCUCCAUUUGGGCAAGGACAGUCUCCAUUCGGGCAGAGUCCAUUUGGGCAAGGACAGUCUCCAUUUGGGCAGAGUCCAUUUGGGCAAGGACAGUCUCCAUUCGGGCAGAGUCCAUUCGGGCAAGGACAGACUCCAUUCGGGCAAGGACAGUCUCCAUUCGAGCAGACUCCAUUCGGGCAAGGACAGACUCCAUUCGGGCAGGGGCAGACUCCAUUUGGCUCACCAGAUGCGAGACAGCAAUCGCCUGUUGGGCAAGAUCCUCAAGGACAAAUCACCGGUCCACAAAACAUUGCAAAUGUAUCUCCACCGCCAUAUCAACAGGGGAUGUACCCACCGAACUAUCAACAAGCACCUCCUGGUUACCAGUAUCCUAUGCAGGGACAGCCCGGGUACCCAGGGGCACCAGGAUAUCCGGCCCAGGGUUACCCCGGACAUCCUGGACAUGGAUCGGGAUAUCCAGCAUCACCACCAACACCUGGUAUCGCAGAUAUGGCGUGCUGUGCAUCAUGCAUGGCUUGUCUCAGCUGUCUCCUCUGUUCGUGCUGUCAGAAUCUGAUGGGGGGUGGUAUGGGUCACAAUGGCGACCACUAUAACGAUGAAAAUCAAGGUGAAGAACACGCUGAUGUGGAGCCACCACAUACAACGCAUGAUGAUGAGAGAUGAAACGCAGAAAUUCAAGACUUAAACUGUUUUUUUUAUUGUGUGUUUGAAAAGUAUUUUCUUGAUUUGGCGUUUU